AUGAUAGAUUUCUCUAAAGUACCCGGAAUAACCAACAACGGUUCCGUUCCCAGAGAACCUACAGCUCAAGACAGGCACUACCUGUUGGGGUAUCGAUGGAAUACACUGCUGAGCUACAACGCUGCCAUAAAGAAGUAUCAGGCAUUCGCUAAGGAGACCGGCAGAAUUCCGUACACGCUCCCCCUUAAGCCUAAAGACAUCUACGACUUCUGCCAUUGGGCAGGGAGGACCGCAGACGCACCAACAUCACACGACGUAGCCGCUGUUACGUUGAGGAAAUACCUCGCGGGAAUCCAAAUGUGGCAUACUUACCACGACACUCCCUUCCCCGAACAGACCAAGCAGAAAGUCGCUACGAUGCUCAAAUCCUCUACUUACGCGGACUUGGAUACGCCUAGAAAACCACGCAAGAAGGCCGUUACUGUCGGAAUCAUGGUGAAGCUCGCGGAACUCCUAGGCCCUGGAGACCCGUUCCAAAAGGCACUGCUUGACCUAGCGAUCGUAGCCUUCUGGGGGAUGGCUCGGCUAGUCGAGUUGACUUAUAACAACAGCAAAGGUCUCCUGAGGCGGCAAGCUUCCUUGUUAACCUCAGACGUACAAUUCGACCAAGACUUAGAAGGGAGCAAGGUCUCACUGAUCAUCAGGGGAGCCAAGACGGCUGACCCCGGAGAGGAGCAAGUGAUACAUCUGCAUCAACUGCCCCAUAUGCUCUGCCCUAUUCUCGCGAUAAGGCGAAGACUCGCCGAAGCAGAGCAGUUUAUCUCGACUAACGGAGAAACAUCCCUCUUUGGAUUCACCGAGGCGGAUGGCUCCAGGACUCACCUCACCAAACCGAUGGCUACGAGAGCACUAGACAAAAUCUGGAAAGCGCAGAACCUUGAAGGGGUCUCUGGUCACUCGUUUCGGGUAGGAGGAGCCUCUGUUCAGAAAGCAUUCGGUGUCUCAGACGAACAGAUCUGUCUGCGAGGAAGGUGGAAUUCAGACUGUUACAAAUUGUAUCUCCGGGAAUUCCCCCCUGAAGAACUCGAGGCCACUUAUACCCUCCUCAACAGGCUUGAGGAGUGCUGGACCCUCUCGACCCUCAAGGGAAGUUGA